CACUCUCUCGCUCACUCACACACUCUUUGUCUCGCUCAGCCGAAUCCCUAGCCCGCGCCGUCGGCACCUCUCCCUAGCUCACGUCGCCGGCGCCUCUCCCUAGCUCGUGUCGCCGCUGCCUCUCCCUCGCCCGCAUCGCCGCCACCAUCGCAAAGAUCUCAUUUUUGUUCUUCGGCGGCUGAUCCCGAGUGUGGCGGCUCGAUCUGCAAUGGCCUUCCUCCACUCCAACGCCCUUCGAUAUGUCACCCCCUCCUAGCUCCCUCGCUGCUGCUCAUCUAUUCUCUUCAUGCAGUACAAGGAUUGAACUUGGCGAUUCAAGCAGGUGCAGAUCUCUGAGCUUUACCAGCGCCACUCCGAACUCGUCCCUGAUGCGCAGUCCUCUUCUUCAUGUUGUCUCUUCUUCCUCCAACUCUUCCAUGGAGCAGAGCAAGUUCCCUUCCCCUCUUCCGGCCGUGUGAUUUGAUGUUUCUUUUGUGAAUUGAACUUGAUUUGAUUUGCGGGCCUUUUGUACAGUAGAUGCCCUCAUCAACCUGCCUGCAGCCAGCCGUGCGGCUGCAGCAGAUUGACGAGGAGGACUGAUGACGACAAUGGAGGAGGACUGAAUCAAGCUAAAAAUGCAUUGAGAUAAUGUGGGAAUGGAAAAUGAGGUUGCCGGAGCCCGGAGAGAGGAGAGGUCGUCACGUCGAGCUCAUGGGGAUAGGGCAGCCACCACUGUCGCCUCCCACGACGACAGAGCAAAGCUUGAAGAUCAUGGCUAUUAUUGUGAAGUUCUCAAGGUGAUGAGCUUACUCGAGUGCUUUCCCCUGGAGACUUUGCAUUUCCAGGAGUACUUCAAUGCACUUCAUCCAAGGACGAUGCAAGCCAUUUACCAGAAAGCAGAAGCAGAUUUUGGUGAGGAAUACCUGCCUGGAGUGGUGUGUGUUGCGAUGAUCAGGCGGGGGCGCAGCGAUGAUCUGUCUGGGCAGCAGGGCGAGGACGCUAGGGUGGCGGCGACAAGACUAGGGCGGAGGAGGUUAGGCCUGCUGCUGGUGACGGGGAUGAGCAACUGGACAACAGGGAGGAGCCUGGUGGAGGGUCCUGCUGGUGGAGGGCAGAGGAGGGAGGGGCCUGCUGCUGGCGACGGGGAUGAGCAGCUAGACGACAGGAAGGAGCAUGGUGGAGGCUCCGGCUAGUGGAGGGCGGAGGAGGAGGAGGAUGGGCUUGCUGCUGGUCUGGACGAGCAGUUGGAGGAGGAGGGGAGGGGCCUGCUGCUGGCCUGGAUGCGCUACCCUGGAGGAAGACAAUGAGGAAGACGAUGAUCUGAUUUCAAGUUAGGGGUAGUUCUGUACUUUCGUUCAUUUUCACCUGGUCGGAGAUUUCUCCCAGCGACAAUUAUUUCGGAACGGAGGGAGUACAUCACGGGAAAUCAAUAUCAAACGGAGUCCAAACA